AUGCAAAGCCAUGCUAGCUGCCGUGUAGCAGAGCAGCCUGAUGCGAGCAAAAAAACAACAACAGGCUACUUUGCGAAGAAGGCAGCUGCAUGGAGAGUGACAACAACGACGAGCAGGAUUUAACGCAUGCAAUGUUAUUUCCUUAAACCAAAAUGCUUCUUAGCCUUAUAAUGUGAGUACUGUGGGAUCUUAAAUGUUCUUCACCAGCUGAACUGAUAUUAAUCCGUUCCUUUAAGGGGAAACUGUUUGCACGCUAGCUGGCUAGCACGCUAGCUCUCUGCGUCUCUAUGUUUGAGUGUCUUCCGGCAGCAGUGGCGGCAGCGGCGGUGCCAUGAACAGUGGACUCCCACCUUCAGCUGCUCCACUUGGGGGUGCCGGGAUACCCAAUGUCAAGGUGAAGUUUUGCCGAUAUUACGCGAAAGACAAAACCUGCUUUUAUGGAGACGAGUGUCAGUUCCUGCAUGAGGAUCCGUCCAUGGCAAGCCUGCCGCUGCACGGCGGUGGUGGUAGCCCCGUCCCGUUGUCCAUGGCCGGCGGUGGCGGGACGCCAGCGGGGUAUUCCCUCGGCGGCACUGCCGCCGCCUGUCCGGGUGGUGGGGGGACCGGUGUGUCAAAGAAGAGCGAAACACUGGGGCCUGCAGGCACGUCUCUGGAGGGGCAGCUGUUAACCAUCCCAGGGAUGGAGGGCGCAACCCUGAGCGAUGCCAAUCUUACCAACUCUUACUUCAGCAGCAGCUUCAUUGGAGUCAAUGGGUUUGGAAGCCCAGCUGAGUCUAAAUAUUCGAUGAUGCAGCGAAUGACUACCAGCAGCAGCUCUCCCAGUCUCCUCAACGAUGGUGCCAAGAACUACAGCCACAGCACUCAUGAUCCAGUGAACUCCCCGACAUCCUCAUUGUUCAGUGAUUUUGGUGCUCUUAGCAUUUCCCAAAGGAGAAAGACUCCUAACCCGGCAGCAAGUGAGUUCAUCCCUAAGGGAGCCCCACGUAUGGCCACCAUGGCUCAGUCCACUGUCCAGGCCUUCCCCUCGCCUCUCUUUGCACAUCCUGGUCUCAGCAGCUCCACAGCUGCUGCUCUGGCUCCAGGCAUGUCUUUGUCUGCGGGGUCUUCUCCUCUCCACUCCCCAAAAAUUACACCACACACCUCGCCUGCUCCUCGUCGGCGCAGUCACACCCCAAACCCUGCCAACUACAUGGUGCCCACCACCGCAUCUGACCAGGGCACACACAUAAUCCAGAAAGAGACUGUAGGGGGGACCACCUACUUUUACACAGAUAACACCCCGGCACCAAUGGCUGGGAUGGUGUUUCCUACCUACCAUAUCUACCCCCCUACUGCACCCCAUGUGGCUUACAUGCAGCCUAAAGCAAAUGCCCCGUCCUUCUUCAUGGCUGAUGAGCUCCGACAGGAGUUGAUAAACAGACAUCUAAUAACCAUGGCCCAAAUUGACCACUCAGAGAAUCCAGAUGUACCAUCGGAGGUGGACAGCUACCACAGCUUGUUUCCACUCGAGCCACUCCCUCCUCCAAACCGCAUGCAGAAGACCAGCAACUUCAGCUACAUCACCUCCUGCUACAAGGCAGUCAACAGCAAGGACGACCUGCCUUACUGCCUGAGGAGGAUACACGGUUUCCGCCUUGUUAACACCAAGUGCAUGAUGCUGGUGGACAUGUGGAAAAAAAUUCAGCACUCAAACUCUGUUACAUUGAGGGAGGUCUUCACCACCAAGGCCUUUGGAGACCACUCGUUGGUCUUCUCUUAUGAUUUCCAUGCAGGUGCAGAAACAAUGUUCAGCAGACACUUCAAUGACCCAGCAGCAGAUUCGUACUUUACAAAGAGGAAGUGGGGACAACAUGAACCUCCGCCGCCACGGCAGCAUGCAGGUCUGCUGCCAGAGUCCCUGAUCUGGGCUUAUAUUGUCCAGCUCAGCUCGGCCCUGCGCACCAUCCACACCGCUGGCCUGGCCUGUCGUGUCAUGGACCCCAGCAAGAUUCUCAUCACUGGCAAGACCAGGUUACGGGUGAACUGUGUUGGGGUGUUCGAUGUCUUAACAUUUGACAACAGUCAGACCAAUCAUCUUGCCUUGAUGCCACAGUACCAGCAAGCAGAUCUAGUGUCGCUGGGCAAGGUGGUGCUGGCUCUGGCAUGUAACUCGCUGGCCGGCAUUCAAAGGGAGAACCUGCAGAAGGCCAUGGAGCUGGUGUCUAUUAACUACUCUUCAGACCUCAAGAACCUCAUUCUGUAUCUGCUGACUGAACAGUCUCGCCUGCGCAGUGUCAAUGACAUUAUGCCAAUGAUUGGAGCACGAUUCUACACACAACUGGAUGCAUCGCAGAUGAGGAAUGAUGUCAUUGAGGAAGACCUGGCCAAGGAGGUGCAAAACGGCCGUCUCUUCCGCCUGUUGGCCAAACUGGGCACCAUAAACGAACGACCAGAGUUUCAGAAGGACCCGACGUGGUCAGAGACGGGCGACCGCUACCUGUUGAAGCUUUUCCGGGAUCACCUGUUUCACCAGGUGACAGAAGCAGGAACGCCCUGGAUUGACCUCAGCCACAUUGUCUCCUGCCUCAACAAACUGGACGCGGGCGUUCCUGAGAAGAUCAGUUUGGUGUCUCGGGACGAGAAAAGCGUCUUGGUUGUGACCUACUCGGACCUGAAGCGCUGCUUUGACAGUACCUUCCAGGAGCUGCAGGCUGCUGCCUCUGGCUCUCUGUAGCGCCCUCUUUGGGCCCGGGGUGGGACUGCCCAGACCUGGAGCACACUAUUGCACUACAGCAGAGGACCAGGCUCGUAGAGACGACAUCAGCAUGGCAAAGGCAACGGGGCAGGGCUUCGUGAACCUCAGUCACAUACACUGACCCUGUCCACCAGGAAGGCUUUUCUAAAGUGUAUUUUUUUUAGUUUUCCUAAAACCCCGCAGCUGAAAAUCGAAAAAAAUGAAUAAGGACAAAUAUGGAAGCUGUGACGAACGAAUAUGAUGACAUUUUUUAGAUUUGGGGAACAAACCGAGAAACAAAACAUGAGGUUUUGAACUUUUUUCCUGCUUUUAUUGUUUAUUUCUACAGUUGGGGGUUAUUUUUCUGUGGAGGAUGCACUAAGAUUUUAAUUUUUUUGUUAAUUUUUGUUAUUUUUAUGAAUAUGUGUGAGUGGCCUACAGGGUGCACAGAGAGAGCUAAAGUCACACACAUGGACAUAAAUACCAGAGCAGAAUUUAAACAAAUGACAAAAAAAAUGAAAUCCGGAGUCUAUAGACUGCAUCUUUCUUCCAGUUGGAGACCACACCCCUUCAUUCUGACGCACUGGGAGAUGGGACACACCACUCAAGGCUUUCACUGGGACGGUAUGGUACCUGUUUGGUGAAAUGGGCCGACCCGCCUUUGCCUUGGUUGUUGGUUCCCUUUGAGAAAGGACAAACCACUUGGUUGGGAGGGAAGGGUUUGUAAAACUGGAAAUAAAAUAGAUUUUUUUUAACAUUUUGGUUCGGGAGAUUAUGUCUCAUCAGCUUCACAUUUAUGUUGUGAGUCGGUGGGCUAGCGUGGACCAGGAUUUGGGUUCUAGGGGGUGGAACGUGGUUUCUGUUGGCACUGAAGAAGGGGUGUCUUCUCCUGAUGCCGUCUACCAAGUGUUGUUACAUAUUCAGCAACCGCCUUUGGUUCAUGGACACUAAUGUGACAUCAACUGCUCAAGGAUGGGUCAUUUUUGUUCUGCCUGUCCAGCACUUGGGUGUAGCCCGUGGGUGGGGCUUCUGUUGAGGUGGAGCCACAGCUGCCUCUUUGUGGAAUGUCCUUAUUUUGUCCCCCACCCGUCCUCUCACCCCCAACGUCCCUUAUCUCUGUCUCUCUCUUACUCCCCCCUCUCUUUUUAAUCCCCAAACUUUGCAUCCCGUCAGGGGGUCUGGGCAUCUCGACAUUUGAGAAAAAGUGAUGCUUUUUGUGACUUAUUUUUUCCCCAGCAGCUUUUUCUCUCUGCUCAGCUGUUAUGCAGGAAAACGAGAGGGCAAUUCUUAUUUUGCCUCAGUUCUGCUUUUUAUUAUUCUGUGGACCAAUUCCAGCAGGGGUUUAGGUAAAAGGGGAAGGGUGAAGGAGAAUAGGAACAGGGCACCAACUGUAAUUUGUUUUAUUUGACUUUUUAAGAUCAUGAAAUCCAAAACGACGUGCUGGAGACAAAGCAGUGGCGCUUCCUGUUGCACUCACACCCGGAUGGCUUGGAUUUCUCUCAGGAUGACAAACAGCUGGAGGGGCCCAAUGAUUGAAUGUGUUUGGCCGUCAUUGGCCGCCCCCUGUCCAGUCGGAUAGAUGAGCUGCAGUGGAGUGGGCGGGACGUCUUCAGAUGGAGGUUUUAGGAAGUAAAUGGAAGUUUAAGGCAUUGUGGAGAUCAUGCUUGCGAGGGAUUUCAUGUUGCCCUGAAGCACAGAAUCUAUUUUCAGUUGAUGAUUUAGAUCUUUGGUCAGAGUUUCUCUUCAAGUUGGAAGAAUUUGGUGCAAAUCUGUUUUACCUAUAAAAAUACCAGUCCAAGCUGUGCCACACCACUGUUCUUGAUUCUGCUUCUUUUCCUCCACAAAGCUCCUGAAUGUGUACAAACACGAGACUGUAGAACAACCGGAUCACAUGUAUGAACCAAACCGUCAAAUCAAGGUGCAGUGUUUUGGCUUCAGUUGCAAACUUUUCAGAUCAUCCUGGAAGUUGAAAGUCUGUUCUUGGGGGCAACAACCCUGCAGGGAGCUGGCUGUGUUAGAUCAUGUACUACUUCCUCUGUUUUAGUGAAAUGAACCGACAAAAACAUAUUUGGUGAAUGUGGUGCUUUAGAAAACCUUGGAAACACAGACUCACACACUUUCAAACACAUGCCCCCCAACUCGGCCUACACAAUGUCAGUGCUCAUAUCACUGUAUUCCACACAACACAAACACUCCAGUUAAUAUUAGUGACAACCUUCUUCUCUGCCCCCACAUCAACACACCUACAAUCACCAUCUUAGUAUGUUUUAUGCCCCUCUUGUGUUCUUGUCUCAAAUUUUGCAAUAUUUGUGUGUACAGCAGUAUUUUAAUAAAGAAUACCAAAACUGA